ACCUCUAACAUACCGGACGUCCCGCCCAGCGGAGCCCUGAAAUCCUUAAAAGCAGCUCACUGCUGCUCUCCUCUCACUUCACUUCGCUGCAGUCGGAGCUCGUCUGGACUUUGGGAACAGUACUGUUAUUUUAACUGCAUUUUCCAGCUGCAAACAUGGCUCAGAUCAACAUCUGCCUCAAACGCAUCUUCACCGUCUUCAACAUAUUCUUCAUGGUUGUUGGUGCAGUGGUCAUCCUCCUCGCUCUGUGGUGCCAGUUCUUCAUGGACAAUCGAGGAGGACACAACCUGGAGGGUCGCACCACCCAACUCUUCUUCUUCUACAUGGUAGGCUGCAUCAUCUUGAUGAUCGCUGUGCUGGGAGCCUACGGAGCCCACAAGGAGAGCAAAGUGGCCCUGAUCAUGUUCCUGGUGUUUAUGGUCAUUGGAUCCCUGCUGAUGCUCAUAAUUGGAAUCCCUGCUGCCAUCAUUCAUCCUCAGCUCAAAGGCAUCAUGGAGAAGACUUUCAGUGGGUUUGUGCCUCUGGACAAAUCUUCAGAGGAUGUGAGGAACAUGGCUGAGGGCAUUCAGGAGAAGUUUCACUGCUGUGGUCUGUUCAGCUACAAAGACUGGGAGAACAUCCCCGACUCCUGUGUGUGCAGCCAGGAGGAGAAGGAGGGCAAGUGCCAGACUGUCGAAAACAACACUUUCAUGCUGCAGAGAAAGUCCGUCUACACUAAGACCUGCUUUCCCACCAUCAUGGACUACAUCCAGUUUCAUUACAACAUCAUACUUGUGAUCAGCUUCACUCUGGCUGUUCUAGCUCUGCUUGGCAUGAUUCUGUCCUCCAUCAUGAUCCACCAGCUGUAUUACCCCAACAGACCCACCAUCGUGGUCUCCAUGAUGCCACCAAAAUAUGAGGAACUGCACAACACCCUGGCAUACUAGCCAAAAAUUUCCUGCGUUACAUCUCUGAACAGAGGUCGUAGCUUCCACCAGCUAUCAGCCAUCUUGAGAUCCCUGAGACCACUCACACCUGGACACGUGUAACCUGCUGUGUUUGUGGAAGACAGUGUUAAUAUUACUGAUUCGAUUUGUCAUGCUAAUGUUAAAUGUACUUAAAAGAAAAGUCACAUUCCUUUGCUACCUCAUGUGAAGUUUGUUAGUAAUACAUUGAAUUCACUGAAGUUAUAUUUUGAAAAACUGAGAACUGCUGAUGCAGUUACUUGUAAAAAUGUUUAUAAAGGGAAAUAUUUUUGUACAUCGUUGUAUUUUUGGUGUUUUCUUUGUGUCAUAUUUGAUUCUUCUGAUGUAAACUUUAAAUCUAAAUGUUUUACAGGAUUAAAAGGUGACAAAAAAAAA